UUUUUUCUCCUGCGCUUGCUGCACCUGCCCACAUUUGUUCAUGUACCCUUCUCUCUGCCCUACCACAACAGCAUUACGCCCCUAGUCCUUCGAAGUCCGGCCACCUUGGUGUUUAUCCACAAACACAAAUCAUAUUAAUCUGUGUCACACACUUUCCCGACUCCCAGCUCCAAAGCCUUUUUUGUUCCCUUUCACUAAGCUAUGAUCCCAUAUUUUCCUGCUGUAUACAUCGGACCCAAUGGCGAGCAGUUCCCGGGAUAUGCCUCUCCGCAAAUGGGUCUACCUUAUGAACAACAACAACAACAAUACCAUCAUUCACAGCAGCAUCCUCACUCUCACUCACGUCAACAGCACCCUAGGUCAUCUAUACCUUCACACCAGCAUCCACACCAUCCUCAUCCUCCGCAGUAUCCUAGCCAUCAGCAUCACCACCCCCGUCCACAGCAACAGCAUCCACACUCUCAUCACACUCAAGGACAAGGCCAAGUCCCUAUCCACGGACCUACUAGUACACCACUUUCAUUUUCUGGGACAGCAGCACCCAAACCAACUCACUUAUCUGAACAGUCCACAUCUAUGGUAAUCGCCACCCCUGAUAUGCAGCAAUUUGAGUCCUCGGUCCGGAUGGAAAGUAUCGGCUCCCCUAAUCUAUCUGGAUCUUCCUCCGGUGACAAGAGUGACCAGGAAGGAGUGCCAGAAAAAAAUCAUGGUCUGGCGCCACCGACGACCAAAAAAUCGACAGCAUCCUCAAAUCGCACAGGACCUCAUCAGACGUCACAACGCCCAAAUCGAUUGCCCAACAAUAGCUUAAACUCAAGAUCCCAGAGUACAGCUGUUUCUACCACAACAACAAGCCCAAUCACAACCACAUCAACAGUAAAAGGGAUGUCGUCCACUGACAGUUCUUCAAUGGUCCCAGAUACGGGUUCAGAUGCUGAUUCUCAAUCCAUAAAUAAUGUCAGCCAUGCAUCUGAGAGGAAACAUAGAGAAGAAAGAAACAGCAACGGUACUGAGCAAAAAGAACAGGAAAGAAAACAGAUCAAAGAUGACGGCCAUAACAAGGAUAACGCAGAUGAUGGACCCAACACAACAAUAUUGCCUGAACCACAUUGGUCACCUUCCGUAUCAUCUUCCACGACCUCACAGCAACAGCAACAACAGCAACAACAACAGCCGUUUAUGCCAUAUCAUUCUCCUUACCCUGGUCUACCUCAAAGUAGUUCACAUUCAAAUACUAGCCCCUUCGUAUCUCCCUAUCCUCAUCGAUCCAACCCAACGCCUCCAUACUAUCCUGCUCGACAGAUGCCAGGUCAAUCCAAACCAUACUCUGGACAACAAGGGCAGGGACCUGGUGGUGUGCAUGGCCCCAUGCCGCUAAUACCAGGACCUGGACAUCCUAGCGAGUAUGGCAUACAUGGCCCUCCUUUCUAUGGUCCCAGUCUCACCCCAAUGGUUCCUUCAGCACCUGGGCCUCGUCGUCCCAUGGUAUAUCCUAGCCAAGGCACACAUCCUCCAGGGUCAAAUCCAGUCUCAGUCUCUGGGGGAGCUAAUGGGAGCAAUGCCAUUGGUACUUCAAGUACAGGAGCUGGACCUGUAGCAGGACCUGUAGCAGGACCUGGACAGUCGUACUCUGGCCCUGGGGGGUUUAAUAAGCCACCUUACCCAGGCCAUGGAUUCCCUCCACCCGAUUAUUCACAGCACCCAGGCGGUGGAGGAGGCGGAGGGCCCGGAGCAGGGUACUAUAUGACAGCGGAAGGGUGGCGACCGAUCUCUGCUAACAAUGCUGGACCCGCAUUACAAAAGAAACCUAAAGAGCUAGAUAAAGCCAUGUGGGUAGGCAAUGUACUAAACGACACCACAGUGGAAGAACUGGAAGCUAUCUUUCAAGCUGAGCCCUCGGAAGCAGAAGGCGACAUUCAGCAUGAUAUCCCAGAAAGUAUAUUCAUCCUCCCCAAGUCCAACUGUGCAUUUGUGAACUACUCGAGCCAUGAAGCUGUUGAUCGAGCGGUACGUCGGUUCCAUGAUCGAGAAUUCAAAAACACGCGAUUAGUCUGUAGGCCACGCAAGGAUCCUGCUUCGUCUGAAUCGGGAUCGAAUCGAUUUCAGCAACACCAACAACAUAUUCAUCAGUCAAGGCAUUACCCACAUCAUCCACAUCUACCACAUACGCCCUAUCUGCCGGAUAAUGGCAUGGUGUACUAUAGUCCUGAUCCCCAAGUGAUGUUUGCGCAACAUAUGGAUAGCAAACCUCUUGAUGAUAGCAAUGCACCUUCACUCUCCGUUCCUCGUCACUACAACCGCCAACAACAUCCUCAUCCUCACCAGCCUCAUCGUAACGCGUUGGAGAACCAAGCAAGGAUUGAACGAGCACAUGUGGGUAGAAGCUCCAUGUCUGACAGUAACUCCGGCGUUGGCAUUGAUAUUAUAGACAUGUCUAUUACUGAGAGAGAAUUAUCACCAACUACCAACAAGCCUGGUAGUAAUAGUAGCUCCAAAAAAGCACGCUCGCCAUCAGCAUCCAAGGAUUAUGCAGAAGCACGGUACUUUAUCCUCAAGAGCCUCAAUGAAGAAGAUCUAAAGCUCAGUGUACAAUAUGGUCUCUGGGCGACACAGGAACAUCUCGUACCAAUUUUGAAUGAGGCAUUUGCUAACACGAAAAACGUGUACCUUGUGUUCAGUGCGAACAGGAGCGGUGAAUUUUUUGGCUAUGCUCGGAUGAUGGACUCCAUAUCGAUUGAAAAGGAAGCUUCUCUCUUGUCCUUGCCUGGAGAAAUAUGGAAGCCUGUCUUUGAUCAACCCUUGUCACCUGAGAUGAAAGCUGCAAUGCUCGAUGAGAUUGAGCAAGCAGAGAAAGAAGGGCGCAAGAUUACAAAUGAGGAGGCGGAGGCCAUUGCACGGGCCUCUACAACUACUAAAUCUUGGGGGAUACGGUUUCCUAUUCACUGGAUCCAAGUUCAUAGAGUUCCUUUUACAAAAACAGCGCACAUGCUCAACCCUUUGUAUGAAAACCGUGAGAUCAAAGUAUCCAAGGACGGAACGGAGGUGGCGGCAUCAGUUGGUGAGCAACUCAUUAAAUUGUUUCAGAAGCCUAGCACUAGCAAUGAAAGGAAUAGUAACGACAACACGACUACAACCUCAACCGCAGCUACCACCGGUAAUAUCACCGCUUCUAGUAUUAGUAACAGCACGAAUAGCGGUCGGCAUCGUGGAAGGAGUGGAAGAAAUGGCGCCGGUAGUAGACCAAAUUCUGAAGCUGGAGGAAGUCGGCGGUCAAGUGUUGCUGGAGACUCAGCUUCCUCUACAUUAGCGCCCCUACAGUCUCAACGAAGUGCAUCAUCAAGACGGUCAAGUAUUAUGAGCACAAGAUCAGCUGGGUCGGGAGGCGGUGAUAGAAGAGGAUCCUUGGAUCCGUCUCGAACACAAGGAAGCACUAGUGGAGGUAGCUGGUGCAAUAAGAACAUGGGGUCGCCACUGCAUGCGUCGAACAGAACACAAUCCGGAGGCGAUGGAAGCUACCCCUACUCAGCCGGCUAUCGUUCAUCAUCACGCCAUGGAGGUCAUUACGGAUCGCACAGUAGCCACAGCUCUAACACGUCUCAGGGGCCCUAUUCAUCGGAUCAUUGUCCUGAUCAGCAACGAACAGGUGGCUGGGGGCCUGGAAAACACAACUACCGCAGUGGAGGCCCUGGAGGAUAUGGAGGGCAUGGAUCGAUGCAUCCAAGCACUUAUUACCAUCAGGAACGUAAAGGUGGUCAUGGACCACAAAGUGGUGGUAAAUAUGGAGGGCGCUAUCAUCCUACAUCGCAAAAUCAUGGCAGUAGUGGAAAUCCUAAUGGAGGAUAUGAUCAACAUCAGCCACCAUUUCAUUCCUCUCACGCGCCACGGCGUAGUCAUCAUCAACAACCACAGCAACAGCAGCACAGCUACUCAAACUCCUUUAGACCAUCGUCGUCGUCGUCGUCUCUAACAUCUCCUGGUGCAGAACAAGGAUAUAGCAAUAGGCAUGGUUCAAAUGGAGGAGGCAACAACACAUCACCUGCAGGACCCGCGUCGCCAGGAAAUAAUAUUAAUUCUACCCAGCAGCAACAAGAGUACCCAGGCGGAUCAAGGAGAGGAAAGAGCCCCCACUCCCAGGGAGUUCAGGCUCCAGGAGGGAAUGUCCACAUAAUUCCUCAGCACAGCUCCAAUAUGUACACAGGACAACCAGGUCUGCCGCCGCCUCCAGGCGCAGGAUAUCACGUACCAUUCCCUCCUCACGGAUAUCCAGUGAUGCCCCGAUAUAUGGGAUACCCAUAUGUGCCUGGCCCCGGCCCAUUUGUUCAUGGCCCCAUGGCCUGGCAUCCGGGUCACCAUCUAGGACAUAGUGGAGCGCCUAUGCCAGCAGCUGGGAUGAUCCCUGGCCCACACCCCACAGCCAUUUCUCCUGGCAUACCCCCCGGUGAAGUACAUGGAAUAGGGAUGGCACAUGGGAUGGAAGGAAUGGUACCGUUGAUCGGAUUUGAUGGCCUGGCCUACGGGUAUAUCCAAGCAGAAGACAUCUACCCUCAGCCGAUGUUUGGAUACGGGUACGUCCCACAUGAUCCCCAUACACACGAAAUAGUUGAAGUAGAAGACAUGGCUGAAAGUGAUGACGGCAUUGUCCCAGAUGAAGGACAGUCCAAACAAGAAGAGCAAGGAACAAAAGAUCCCGAUGAGGACGGAUCUAGUGAACGUGCAGUUGAAUCAUCCAAGUUGGAGGAGAGCCUUCAAGCUAACAGCUCUAAUACGCCCACGCUGGCCUUAAGCGCGAAUACGGAUACAACGACGAUGACUAUUUUUACUGAAGCUGAGGUUGAGGUAGAGACAGAGAUUGUAGGGGAUGAGUCAAUAGCCAGGCAAAACCAUCGGUCACCCCGAUCUGUUUCUUCAUCCGCGCUCUCAUCCACCUCUACAUUGGCACCACCGCCAGGAAAUUCUGGAAACCACAGACGACAUGACAAUGACAAUGACAAUGACAAUGACAAUGACAAUGAGGAUAGCGAUGAUAAGGACAGCGAAAAUGAUAAUGGUGGUGAAGGUGGUGAAAAUGAGAAUAAAGAUAAGAAGGCUGAGAAGAAUGGCAUGAAGUCCAAGAUAGUUGAGAAGGAAACAUUUGUAUUUGGACAGGUAACCGUAAGCGCAGUAGAUGAGAAACGUUCAGGACAUGGACAGGAGAUGCCGUUUGUGGGAGUCGCUAGUGAAUAGGAUAGCAAAGAAUUCCUUGCACAUUAAUUAAAAUAUAUAUAUACAUGUAUAUUUUUAUAAAGAAGCCCGACC